AUGCGCACAAUAUUCUUAGCUUUGAGUAUUAUUUCUUUCGUUUCAACCCGAUUUUUUGAUGUCUGUCCUGGAAGGCGACAGUCUAUAGGAGCUUGUCUUGUCGGUUUAUGUCCAGCAGGAUCAGAAUGUAUAAAUUCAUAUUGCUGUAAAUUCAAAAAAUCGACGACUACUCCAUCUGAUUUGAUUGAAAUGGAAGUUGACGAAGUCUCGGAGUUUGGAACCUGUGCUUCUGGGGAACGAUCUAUUGGCGAAUGCAUUUCAGAAGCUUGUCCAUUAGGUUAUAAAUGUGAAAAAGGAUAUUGUUGCGUUCGAAAAGAGGAAGAAAUUCCGAUGAAAUCCUCUCCAAUUAGUCUGAUCACCACCCCACCAGAAGAUAGUCAGGAAAAUAUAAUGAGCGAAGAAAGUGAAACAACCAAGCAGGUGACGUCGGAAGAAUCCACCACGACUUCAGAUCGCGACAUUGACGAAGUCGAAAUUGAUGAAGAAGUUGAGGAGGAAGAAGAAACGACGACUACUACUAAAGCGACGACAACCACCAAGAAACCAACAAAGGCAUCGAGAAAAGCCAAAAAACCGAAAACAAGAGCUCCAACAACUAUAAAAACAACGACGACACCAGAACCAGAAACUACAAUCGAAACUACAACGGAAUAUAUUACGACUACGACUACAGCUGAAGAGCGAGAAGAGAUCACAAAUCCCACUGAAGAAGUCACUGAACCAAAUUUUGUAUGCCCGGUUGGUGCUCCAAUUGGAGAAUGCAUUGCAAACAAAUGCCCCGAAGGUCACUCGUGUCUUGAAGGGCAAUGCUGCAUUCUCACACCACAAAUAAAUUGCACCGACGAGUUGGCCGGAUGUCUUUCCCAUCUUUGCGAUCGUAAAGGCUAUCGCCAAUUUAUGACCAAUAAUUGUGCGAAAACGUGUGCCAGAUGUCAUUUGAUAAACAUAACAUCUAAUGAAAUUCGAGAUUGUCGCGAUAGAAGAUCGGAUUGUGAAGAAUGGGCUGCUGAAGGCUUCUGUGAAAGUUCAUUGUAUACAACACGCCAAAAAUUGAAGUUCUGCGGAAAAAGCUGCAAACUCUGUUAA